AGUUCAGUGAUGGAAAAUGGCGGCUAGAUGAGUUUCUCCACUCCAACAGGGAAAGCAAAUAAUCUGGGAAAAACUCUGGAUUAACAGCAGGAAUAAGACAACAGUACUUUGCCGCGUGUCGGAUAACUUUCCUCAAUGAGAAUGUCACGCUGGGUGCCCACGAAGAAAGAGAAAUACGGUGUUGCCAUCUAUAACUAUGACGCCCGCAGUGAUGAUGAGCUGUCCUUACAAAUCGGAGACACUGUACACAUACUGGAGACGUAUGAAGGAUGGUAUCGAGGGUAUCGGCUGAGGAGAAAAUCGAAGAAGGGCGUCUUUCCCGCAUGUUAUAUACAUCUUAAGGAGGCAACAGUUGAAGGCAGUGGACAAAAGGAAACUGUCAUCCCUACUGAGCUUCCACUGGUUCAUGAGGUCACAACUACGUUGCGAGAAUGGGCGGCCAUAUGGAGGGACCUCUAUGUGGGUGACAAGCGUGAGAUGUUUAACACGGUACGGGACAUGAUCUACGACUUGAUUGAAUGGCGCUCUCAGAUUCUGUCCGGCACGCUGCCUCAGGACGAACUGUCGGAGCUCAAGCAGAAAGUCACCUCAAAGAUGGACUAUGGGAACAAAUAUCUGGACCUGGAUCUGGUAGUGAGAGAUAAAGAUGGAAAUAUUUUGGAUCCUGAUCUCACCAGCACUAUCAGUCUGUUCCGGGCACACGAAACCGCAUCCAAACAGAUCGACGCACGAAUCCAAGAAGAAAAGAAGCAGAACCCGGAUUUAAGCAGACAGGCGAAGUUUGCCUCCACGCCCUCAUUCGGCCUGUUCGUCACACUCAAAAACGUUGUGUGCAAGAUUGGAGAAGACGCCGAAGUGCUGAUGUCACUGUAUGAUCCGAUCGAGUCCAAGUUUAUCAGUGAAAACUAUCUUGUACGCUGGUCGAGUUGUGGUUUGGUGAAGGACAUCAAUCAGCUUCAUAACCUGCGUGCUGUGUUCACUGAUUUGGGGAGUGAAGAUCUGAAGAGAGAAAAAAUCAGUUUCGUUUGUCAGAUUGUUCGAGUGGGCCGAAUGGAGCUGAGAGACAACAAUGCCAAAAAAUUAACGUCAGGUCUGCGCAGACCCUUCGGUGUUGCAGUUAUGGACGUAACAGACAUCAUCACGGGUAAAAUGGACGAUGAGGAUAAACAACACUUCAUACCAUUCCAGCCGCUAGCGUUGGAUGACGCCAUUCGCCACAGGCAGCUGAACAUCUCACGUUUUUCACCCAGGGUGGCGGGCGAGAACGACUUCCUCCAGACCGUCAUCAACAAGGUCAUCGUUGCCAAAGAGGUCAAUCACAAAGGUCAAGGUUUGUGGGUGACACUAAAGUUGCUUCCAGGUGACAUUCAUCAGAUUCGUAAAGAUUUCCCUCACCUGGUGGACCGAUCCACUGCUGUUGCACGCAAAAUGGGCUUCCCAGAAAUCAUCAUGCCAGGUGAUGUCAGGAAUGAUAUAUAUGUGACGCUGGUUCAGGGGGAUUUUGAUAAGGGCAGUAAGACGACACCCAAGAACGUGGAAGUCACCAUGUCUGUGCAUGAUGAAGAUGGCAAGAAACUGGAGAGCGUAAUCUUUCCUGGCGCUGGAGAUGAAGGAAUUAUGGAGUAUAAAUCUGCCAUCUACUACCAGGUCAAACAGCCCCGCUGGUUUGAAACCUUCAAGGUCGCAAUCCCGAUUGAAGAUGUGAACCGGAGUCACCUUCGAUUCACAUUCAAACACAGAUCAUCACAAGACUGCAAAGAUAAAUCUGAGAAGAACUUUGCUCUGGCCUUCGUCAAACUGAUGAGAUAUGACGGCACGACGCUUCGUGAUGGAGAACACGAUCUCAUCGUCUAUAAGGCCGAAGCCAAGAAAUUGGAGGACUCCUCUAUGUACCUGAACUUAUCUUCUACCAAACCAGAAAUGGAGGAGAAGAGUCCGUCCACAGGGAAGAACACGCAGAGUCUCGGCAGCUUCAGCAUCAGCAAGGACUCGUUUCAGAUCUCAACGCUUGUCUGCUCCACUAAACUCACGCAGAACGAUGUUUAUCUGGUUACGGUCUGUCGGAUGUGUGCAUGUGCACAGUGGACAG